AAUUAUAUAAGUAGUAGAUAAUGACUUUUUAAUUAUUCAAUAUAUAUUUAUUAUUUCAUAAUAUGUUAUAAACAUAUAAUAUAUAAAACAAUUUAUAUAUAUAUAAUGUUUAUUCCGCGCAAGGCGCGGAUCUUAACCUAGUUAAAGCUAUAAAAGCAGAAACUGUUAAAUAUAUAUAUAGAAACAAAAAGAUGAUUAACAAAGAUUAUAUGCUUGGUAAAGGAAAGAGAAACAAGAUUGCAAGCAUAAAAUGAAAGAUUGGGCGUGUAAUUAUUUCUGCGUUUAUUGUGUAUUCUUCUAAAAUCUAUUGUUUCGACGCCAACUAAAUUAUAUGUUCAAUAAUUGAUUUUUUAAUUUCUUUUUUUUUGUCACAGUUGACCUUGACUCCUAAAAUAAGAAAAUAAAGUAGAUUUUGAUCCGCACACCCGUGCAAAUAUAUUUUUUAAAAAUAUAUUGCUAUUUGUUUUUCAUAUCAAUAUUAGGGCUGAAUAAAAAAAUUCAAAUCUGAAGAACCGAACCGAUCCCGAUCCGAAAGAGUAGUACCUAACCCGAACCAAAAUUGAUUAAAUAUCUAAAUUAUUCAAAAUUUUGAUGUUUAGAGAACCGAAACCGAAUCCGAUCCGAACUGUAGUAUUUCAGAUACCCAAAUGUAUUCGAAAAAGAUUUAUAUACUUAUAUAUAUUAUUUUUAUAUUUAAUGUAUAUAAGAAAUCCAGAAUAUAUAUGACACUUUUAAGUUGGUUUAAAUACUUGAAAAUAUAUACAAAUAGUCAAAAAUAAAUAUUUAAAAAUAGUUAAAAUAUACUCAUAACACCAAAAAUACUUAAAAUAAUUAUUGAUUCUCGAUCCAAAUAUCUAAACCAAACCAAUUUAUAUGUUAAGUUUAGGUAUUCUCACAUAUGUUAUUCAAAUUUAUAUGUGAUAUAUUAUUUUAUUUAUAGAUUUUGAGAAAUUUAAAGUAUAUAAUGAAUUUUAAAAUUUUAAAAUUUUAAAAAUAAUUUAAAUAGGUUAUCCGAACCCAAACCAGUAAAGAUCCGAAUAGAAUUUGAACCAAAAUUUAGAAAAAUCUGAAUGAGGCUGAAAUCUUUGAGCCCGAAAACUCGAAAUCUAAAUAGAUCCGAACCGAAUCCGAAUGGAUACCCGAAUGCCCACUCUAAUCACUAUUAUAUAUCAUAUAUAUGUCAUCGUAUAAUUAUCUUAUUUUAUAUGUGCCAUCAUAUAAAUAAUCAUAUAAUUAAUAGUAUUUUAUAUGUACCAUCGUAUAAAUACUCACAUAUAUUAUGUUUUUAAAAUUUAAUGUGAAAUAUAAAAAACAUAACUUAAGUCAGUAUAUGAAAUUGGGCUUUUUAUUAUAUUUUCUUAUAUAUAUUGAAAACAUUUUUUUAAUAAUGGUUAUUGGUAAAUAUUUUAGUAAAAAUAAAUGUUUGAAUAUAUGCAUAUUUUAAAUCAAUUAUUGAUAUAAAUCAACUUUAAAUUAUUAUUUUGAUUUGAAAUAUGUAUAUAAAAAUUAAAUUUUGUUUAUGAUUAUUUUAGAUAAAAAAUAUUUUUAAGUAAUUAGAUUAGUCCAUUUUCGUAUAUUUUAAAGUUGACUCAAAUAGAUAGUUUUUCAUAAUAUAAGAACUUCCAAUUUUUAUUAAUAACAUAAGCCCAUUAUUUUUUUUAUUAAUAUAUGCUAUUCAUGUUUCCAAACAACAUUAUAUUUUUUUGUAAAGUUAUUCAUAUUUUCAAACAAACAUAUUUUUUAAACUGCUAUACAUAUUUCCAAACAAACUUUUUUUUUUUAACUUUCUAAACAAACUUAAUUUGUACUUCAGUUUUAAUGAUAUAAAUAAAUAAACAAAAUUAGGUUUGAUUUGCAUGGUUCUAGUGAUUUAACCGCGAACCAAAUGAAACUUUAUGAGAUUCGAAUUGAUUAGACUCAAACCAAUCCGGUUUUGUUGCGUUAUAAAUUGGCAAUUUGGCAUCGUUCACGUGAAUUAACCGAAGCGAAUCUUGAAUUUUAAUGAGAUUUCGAGUUGGUUAUAAAGUUGAAACGAGUCCGUUAUAUAUCCUUUCCCUCCCAAAGAAAAGAGAGCAAAAUAAAAGAAGAGUCUCGAUCAUCGUCGUCGUCUUCUCCGAGAAAUGGCUGGCGAUCUCUUCCGCCGUAACAGACCUUUCAAUCAACUCGAUGGCUUCUACACCGACUGGUCCAAACACCUAACCGAACGCUGCCUCCCUCCCUUACUGAUAUUUCCUUCCGACGCCAAGAACGACGCCGUCCUCGGCGACAUACACUCAUACUACGACACUCUAGACCACUACGCCAACAAAAACACGAUCCUCUACUUCCUCCUCCCCUCAUGGCGCAGCAACUCGCUCGAGACGGCGAUCCUCCUCCUCGGCGACAUCAACCCUCUUCUUUUCACCAGCCUUGUCCAGUCUUUCGUCGACGGACUCGAUCAAGAUCCGGUCGGCACUUACAGUAAUCUUGCUGCGUCGUGGAAAGACCUGUCGUCCGAACUCGAGAACACUAUCAACGAAACAGUCUCGACUCUACUACGUGAGACGAGGGAAGCACACGAGGGUUUUAUAAGACGCUUCUCGAAUAAGUGGGUAUCGUCGUUUCGUGGUUCUCAGAGUGGAACGGUAGUAAUGGAGACGGCGACGUCAGUGACGAAGGAGGAGGAUGGUGGUGGUGCGAUGAUCAUGGAGGAGCUUGUGAGAAUCUUCCACGUAGCGAAUCAACUGAGGAAGAGUACGAUCACCGACAUCGCUGGAGUGUUGAACAUGGAUCAAAGGGCUGUGUUUCUUGAAAGCGUGUGCAAGCUUCUUGCAGGGUUUAAACAUCAGGAUCAGGCAUUUCAGAAUUCUCUAUUUGAUAAUCUUCUCAUCCGCCAGCCCAUGAUGCAGCAGCAUGAUGCACCUCAGCGUCCACCACCCCCCAUGAACCAGCACCAGCAGGAGUACGUUAUCUAUGUUGGGAACUUGGCCCCAGAGGCCACGAAUGAUUUGCUACUCGAGCGGUUUAAAUGUAAUUAUCAUUCGCCUACGGUAGCAAAGAUUUGCUUUGACGGAAGAAGUGGAGCCACAUAUGGUUUUGUUAGCUUUGCAGAUGAAAGGGAGAAAUGGGAUGCUAUGAAGGUAAUGAACCGAAAGUUCUUUUUAGAUAGGCAAAUGCAUAUUGGUCCUGCAGCUAAGAACUCUAUCUAGUAGUCCCACUUUCCUUCACUAUGUACUUGGGAUGGAUAUGAUACUAAAAGUAGUUUCUGGAGUCUCUUUGUUUUUUGUACUUCUCCUUAGCUUUGCUUCUCUUUUAUGCCUUAAUCUGUAAGCUGAACCAGAAUAUUAAUAUGAACUGUUUCGGUUACCAUUUUAGACACAAUCUCCUUCCAGCGUUUAAAUAAAUUAUGAAAAGAGUGUGAUUUUUAAUACAGCUUAAUUCAUGGAUAAUAUGGAAAAAAAAUGAUCAAUUCAAAGAUAUAAUAGCAGAGACUAUUAAAGAUAUAGAAAA